GCGGAGCCGCACAUGGGCCGCAGCCGCCGGGCCUUCCUCACGCGCCUGGCGCUGUCCAAGGGCUUCCGCGUGCUGGACGCCUACAGGGAGAUGAACUGUCUCUGCUUUACGGAGGAGCAAAUCAAAGCACCUAGAAGUGAGGAAGGUGCCCAGGGGCACGCAGCAAGGAUGUGGCAGAGCUGAGGUUCAACGCCAAGCUGUCUGGCUCUGGCGCUUGGAUGAAGAACCCCUGGUCCUUGGCCCUGAGGAACUCCUUUCUGUGGGAUGCGAAGAGAGGGAGACAGCACAGAAUCAGGCUGGGCUUCUGACGGCUCGAGCAGGGACCACAGCUCUGCGGUGCUGGAGGGCCGCCAGUAGAGGGGGCUGGAGGUCUCUGAGAAGGUGGUAUUUGAGCUCUGAGGUGACGCACGUGGUGAUGGAGCAGACCUCUGCGGAGGAGGCCGUCUGCUGGCAGGAGAGCAGGGUGGUGCCCCCCCAGUCCGGGUGUGCCCGCCCCGCACUGCUGGACAUCAGCUGGUUCACAGAGAGCAUGGCAGCCGGGCAGCCUGUACCCGUGGAGGGCCGGCACCGCUUGCAGGUGGCUGUGCCCAGGAAAGGGCUGCCCAGCCUGGUGUGGAUGCCACCCUAUGCGUGCCAGCGCCCCACACCCCUCACACACCACAACACCAGCCUCUCGGAGGCUCUGGAGAUGCUGGCAGAGGCAGCGGGCUUUGACGGCAGCGAGGGCCGUGUCCUUGCCUUCAGCAGAGCAGCCUCCAUGCUCAAGGCGUUCCCUGGCCCUGUCACAGCCCUGAGCCAGCUGCAGGGCCUGCCCCACUUCGGAGAGCACUCCUGCAGGGUUGUCCAGGAGCUGCUGGACCGAGGCGAGUGUGUGGAGGUGGAGAGGGUCCGGCUGUCGGCCAGGUACCGGAGCAUGAAGCUCUUCACCGGGAUCUUUGGGGUCGGAGUGAGGACUGCUGACCGGUGGUACAGGGAGGGGCUGCGGACACUGGACGAUGUCCGAGGGCAGGUGCAGAGACUGACCCAGCAGCAGAAAGCAGGACUCAGGCACCAUGCGGACCUGAGCACCCCGGUCCAGCGGCCCGAUGCGGAGGCCCUGCAGCAGGUGGUGGAGGCGGCCGUGGAGCAGGCCCUUCCCGGGGCCACAGUCACACUGGCUGGCGGCUUCCGGAGGGGGAAGUUGCAGGGCCAUGACGUGGACUUCCUCAUCACGCACCCCGAGGAGGGCCAGGAGGUGGGGCUGCUGUCCCGAGUGAUGCACAGCCUCAAGGAGCAGGUGAGAGUGGCGGGGUCGGCUCUGCCUUGGUGGUUCCUGGUGUGGUCACAUAGCGGUCACAGGGAACUCCCCGCAGGGCCUGGUCCUGUACCACCAGCACUGGCUCCCGCAAGGCCAAGAGCCCGCCCGCCCAGCCCGGAGGAGCCGCACCACCGACACCUUGGAGAGGUGCUUCUGCAUUCUUCGCCUGCCAAGUUCCCUGGGGGUUGCUGUCGGGGGCGCCCUGGGGCCCUGCCGCCCCUGGAAGGCGGUGCGCGUGGACCUGGUGGUCGCCCCCAUCAGCCAGUUCCCCUUCGCCCUGCUUGGCUGGACCGGCUCCAAGGAGACAUUUGUGCACCUGGCUGCAGAGGAAGACAUCUUCAGACACCUGGGCCUUACAUACCUCCCGCCGCAGCUGAGGAAUGCCUGACCCUUCCUGCCCACCCACCUCUGCACAGCAGAAAUGCCACCCAGCUGGCCAGCCAGUACCCACCACGCCCCGAGCCACUGGACAUCUCCUGGCAGAAGUCACCUGCUGCCCCAAGCCCUCGCCCCUCCCGAGUGGAACCCCUGUGACCACCACUCCCCCGGGCACACCCAUCCAAGAG